UGUGAGUAGAAGGGCAUGGGGAGCUCAAGGCUGCAAAGCUGAAAACGUGGAAGUAGAGUGUUGACCAUUGAUGCUGGGACUCUAGAGCUUGCCGGAAGUCCCGGGUUCCAUCCCUGACCUUAGAAUAAGUACUUACAGGAUGAAAAACCUCUCGCUUCUCCUCCUCUUCCUCCUCUUCCCUGUCCCGGGGUUGCUGGACUCCAGCAGGUCACUCUGUUCCAUGGAUAAAGCCAUUGACAAGAAGAUCAAGCAAAGCUUCAGCUCCCUAUGGUCAGAAGCAGUAAUCAGCGGUGGCAUCCGAUGCCGGACAGUCUCUUCCAGAGGGGACUUGGCCUCUUGCCCAGAAGGCUUAGCAGUCACCAGCUGCUCCUGUGGCUCUGCCUGUGGCUCGUGGGAUGUUCGAGAGGGAACAACGUGUCACUGCCAGUGUGCAGGCAUAGAUUGGACAGCAGCCCGUUGCUGUACCCUGGGGGUUGGUGCCUGAGGUCUUGAGAGUUGAGCUGGUCUGCCAUGUGCUGGGGCAGAGGGAUGGGGCUGGCGAGAGGGCAGGGGGCAAG